ACCAGACGCGUUUUUAAUCUUAUCAAAUUAAAAUACAGUCCGCGUUCCGAAAGAAGGUACAUUCUUGGUCCUUCUAUAGCCGGAUAUCGUGAGAAGUACUGGAGAACACAACGUGAAGUGUUAUUCCACGAAAAUUCGUAUUGAAUGGUGAAAUCGAGCAUUCUCCAAAGCUGUUGGUGCAAUGCAGUGACGCGCUACACAAAUUGCAAAUGGCCGUCACUCGUAUCGUAGAGAGGGGCAGUAAAGGGCAAGUGACUCGUGUAAGAAAAGCCUUACAACACAGUGACGCCAUUCCAAAUCCUAAUAUUGGUAAUGUGCAUUAUCUUCGAUUGCAUCUUAAAACAGUUGAACAGGCUUACGUUGAGUAUAAUGAACUACAGAAUCAAGUUUAUGUCCUGCCCCUCCCCGAAGAGCGACGAGUUGACAAGGAAGAAAAGUAUAUUGAAUUUGAAUCUAUAUACACCGAUUUGGCGAUCCGUCUAAACACGAUGAUUGAAGAAGUCACGAAGGAAACCCAAGCUGCGAAGAGAGAGGUGGCUAUCCCUUUAGCGGCACCUAAUAUGGUUUUCGUUUAAAUCCAUGUUUACGACCAUCAUGAAUCGAUACACACAUGAAACACCAGCGAUAAAACUUUAUCAUUUGCGAAACUCUCUCGUGGGAUCGGCUGCGGGAAUAAUCGACCAAGACAUCGUAAAUAACAACGACUAUGAUGCUGCUCGGGAGUUCCUGACAAACAGAUAUGAAGAUAAGCGGAUAAUAAUAGAAAAACACAUCGAUUCUUUGUUUAAUUUACCGAAGAUAAACAAAGAGAGUUCGGCGAAUCUUCGGAAAUUAUUGGACGUUUGCAAUAAGAAUGUGGAGGCGCUGAAGAAUUUGAAUCUUCUGGUCGAGGGACUUGGAGAACAAAUGCUCGUCAACAUGAUUUCUUCGCGGAUGGACAAAACAACGAGAGUUAGCUGGGAGACACGACAAAAGGCUGGUGUGCUGCUAAGUUAUUCGGAUACAAUGGCGUUUUUGCAAGAGCAAUGCAGAAUUGCGGAAAAAAUAGAAACGAACAGCAAAGUGGAAAUUACUAAACCGAAAGCAGUGGGACGAUCUAAUACAUUGUUGAAUACCAAUGAACAGAAAAGUGAAACGAAACUCGAUCUUAAGUGCCCGGUUUGCAACAAUAGCCAUGAAAUUUGGAAGUGCGAAAAUUACAAGAAAAUAAAUGUGAGUGAAAAAUACAAUAUAUUGAAAAGGUCAGGCUGCUUCUUUAAUUGCUUGCAAAGGGGCCACAGAACAAAAGGUUGUUCGUCGACAAACAACUGUAAAGAGUGUGGCAAGCGGCAUCACACUUCGCUUCAUAGUGACAAAGGCUUCAACCAGUCUGCAGAACCGAAUGACGUCCGAGUUCAUGCUACAACCAGUGAGAACACCGAUACACCUAAAAAGGAAACGAAUUCCAGUAGUCAAACUGAUGCACAUCGCAACGGAACAGCAACUUCUUUAUGUGUUAGUGUGGGCACACAAAAUAAACAAAUGUUGCUAUCUACAGCCGUAGUAAAGGUUCGUGGACUGAGUACUGCCGCAUAUCCAUGCAGAGUACUGCUAGACUCGACAUCACAGAUGCAUUUUAUGACGGAGCGAUUUGCGAACCUGAUCGCUCAAAAGAAAGAUCCAGUAGAUUAUGUAGUCAGCGGUCUCAACGGAGCCAACACAAGACUUCGGCGAAUGGUUCGAACUACCAUCGAGUCAUAUGUCGGAAAUUUUACUUCCGAACUAGAAUUUCUCGUAGCACCUCGGAUCACAGGUGAUAUGCCGUCAAAAUCGUUUGAUAUUUCAGAAUGGCGAAUACCGCCAGAUGUUCAAUUAGCUGAUCCGAAGUUUAACGAGUGCGGACGUAUCGAAAUGCUCAUCGGUGCUGAGCUUUUAUGGGAGUUAAUAAAAGGCGAUCGGAUUCAGUUAGGAUCUUGUUUACCAGUUCUUACAAAUACUGAAUUCGGUUGGGUCGCUGGCGGUGUUAUUACCACGAACGCACCGAUUAUUGCACGAACCUUUUGUCAAACGAGCAACGAAGAAUUGAGCGAACUUUUGCGAAGUUUCUACAAACUGGAAGUUUGCGAUGAGAAUAAUCAAACGAACACAACUGACGAAUAUUGUUUGGAACACUUCCAACGGACGCAUCAACGAAAUCACGAAGGAAGAUAUUUUGUGCGACAUCCUUUUAACGAUAGGAAAAGUGAAUUAGGUGGCUCUCGGCAAAUGGCCACACGAAGAUUUUUCUCCUUAGAACGAUUGGACAGCGCACCGGAUGUUAAAAAACAGUAUUCCGCGUUUAUUCAAGAAUAUAUUGAGCUCGGACAUAUGCGAGCGAUUGUGAUUGACGAAAACGAACUGGAUACAGGUUAUUAUAUACCACACCACUAUGUGGUUAGACCUUCGAGUACGACAACAAAGCUACGAGUCGUUUUCGACGGAUCGGCCGCGACAUCUACAGGAGUGGCAAUUAAUGAUGUUUUAAUACCUGGACCAACCGUGCCGAAUGAUUUAACUUCAAUUCUACUCAAAUUGAGAGGCUUUCCGUACGUGUUCACGGUGGACAUUCCAAAAAUGUUUAGACAGGUUGGAGUUCUUCCCCCAGAUAGUGCCUAUCAGCGGAUUGUAUGGCGCUAUGAUCGGAAGGAGCCGCUGAUGGUUUACGAACUUUUGACUGUAACGUAUGGUUUAGCUUCAUCUCCAUUUCAAGUGACGAUGGCAUUACGUCAGGCUGCAGAAAAUUAUAAACACGAGUUCCCUCAGGCGUCGAAGGUAAUUCAAAAGAGCACGUACAUGGACGACAUAAUUGCGGGGGCCCAUAGCAUACAAGAAGCCCGCGCACUCCAGCAGGAAAUCAGCAGUUUACUAACGAAGGCCUGCUUCGGCGCACACAAGUGGUGUGCAAACAGCUCGGAAAUACUACAGCAAGUUGAAGAGGAACGGCGUGGCAUCAACUUUAACAUAAGCGAUGAUAACUCCAACAUUAUCAAAACGUUAGGAGUCGCCUGGAAUCCGUUUGAUGAUCGGUUUUCAUUUUCGGUUACAGCCGAAGCAUCUGAAGCUAAAACUAAAAGAAAGAUCGUUAGUGAAGUUGCAAAAAUUUACGAUUUGUUAGGCUUGGUCGGGCCGAUUAUCACGGCAGCGAAAUUAAUUCUUCGAGAAGUGAGUAUGUUACCACUGGAAUGGGACGACAAUUUCGCGCUUUCGCGAUGA